UAGUGAAUCAGAUGAAGAGGAGAGAAUUGUGAAAACCAUACAACUGAAAAUGGGUGUCCUUGAUUUGAACUCAUCACCAUCUUAAGUCUUCAUGUUUAACCCCCUGAACACCAUGUCUACACAGUCAUUACAUUCACCUGAAUACACAUAGAACCAAGCAUGUCAAGAAGGGUUCAACAAAGCUGGAUGUUUACCCCUUCUGUUAUGUCACCCCUUUCUAACUCCAUUGUGCUCUUUAGGAGCUGCACGUUUGGAGACAAUGGGGGCAGGCGAAGUCCCACUUAUUGAUUAAAUUGUAACCCCCUUCUUUUUUCGAUGCCAUCUUAAUCCUUUCUUCCAACUCCAUCACCGCUCACUACUACACCCUCCCCUUACCUUUCAGCUCAGCGCAUGGAAAUCAAUUGCGACCCAUUGUUCAUUGUUGAGCUUAGUCGGAUUGAAAUAUUUUUCUAAGUAAUUUCUUUGUUUGGUGUAAUUUAUAUGAGGGAUUGUAAGUGGUAAUGUCUUCACAAUGAACAAAUUUCUUUCAUUCUAAUGUUCUUAUAAACUGACAUAUAUUGUUUGAAUUAGAGAGUAAGAUUGACAUUAAAAUAAGGUGUUAAUGUUUAUAAGAUAGAUUGUGAUGAGAUUAAAGCCCCUCUUAAGUAAGUUUUGGUUACUCCCCCCCCAAAAAAAAAGAUUGCGUUGUCACAGUGCCAUAUUAGUAAUUAAUUAUAUGGAUUUGUUACCUCAACUGUUAUGGUGUUGGUGAUGAUGAAAUACCAACAUGUUUUAGAAGAUGAAUGUGGUUUGCGAUUGGGGAUCGUGACCAAAGUAAACAGGCUAAAAAGACAGAUAGAAAUUAUGAAAUCUUUCAAAUCAAAGAGGAAAUUGUUGUGUAAAUGCAUGUAUUUCUUUAUUUUGGUUUACUGGCAAAAGAACCUAUCAGUUUUAAAUACUACACUUCAUUGUAUAGGCUGCCAAACUGCAAAAGCUAUCUUCCUCUAAGCUUAUACGUUAUUCAAAUAAUGGAAUUGUAAUUGUAUUCAUGAUUCAGGAUUUUACUCUCGUGUGAAAACGAGCUGCAAGAACAGAGAUUAGCAUUCACCAAAUGUAACUGAACUGAAGGCCUAAGCCAGUAUUGACGGUAUACAUGGUGUCCUUGGGGAGGAGUAUGUAUUCAAGCAGUAAACACUUGAAGAUCCUUGGCAUAUUAAUGUUUAUUGGGCAUCAAUUUGUAAGUGUUCCAGGCUUAAUUGUUGAGCAGAAGGCUAGUAUGACAGGAGCUUUUUGAUCUUAGAAGAAAUAAUGGGUACCUGCUCGACCGAUUCUUUCCAAAGAAGAAAUCAACCAGUUGAGCACUUGAAAUGAAUAAAAAAGAGAGUGAGAGAGAUACAUUUCAGAACAAAAGGUGUCCUGAUGAUUGCAAAAGGUUUCUGUCCAAUGAAUCCCUUUCAGAGUACUGUAUCCCAGGUUUCCCCCUUGAGAGCAAAACAUACUCUGUACCCAGACGAAGCAAAUGUUCAUCAGUGCGGUCAUUUCUUAAGUUUGUAAAGAUAUUAGAAGUACAUGUGAGCCUAGUUUAUAGCUUUCCAAUACUGUCUGCUUCCUAGUAAUGCCAGCCUUCCAGAUUUCAAAGGUUCACCAGACAUGCUGGAACUGCGUUGAAUUGCCUCAAAGUCCAACUAGGCCAUCAGGUCUUGAAGAUGUUGGUGUUGAUGGCUGAUUCUUGAUGAUGUUUCUUAGGUGUCAAGGAAUCUUGGAACCAAUGCUUCUCUUCUGUUUGUCCAGUGGAUCUGUGGAUAUUGUCUCUGGAUCCCCUUGAAGAAUUUGGAAGAAGACCCCUCUGGUGUUUCCCUUGAAUCGUGUUUCCUUUGGUCAUCCAGAAGAAUUCAUGCUUCAAUCAAAUCUUGAUUUAUGAAUCAAUUGAAGAUCUAAGAAGCAAGAAUAAGAAAGCAUCUGGCGGUAUGGCUUCAUCCUUUAUUUGGGAUCUUGGUUGAAAGGGGAUGGAUUUCAUGGUGAACCGCAUCAACAUGAUAAUUUCACAAUUUGGGUGACAGGUUUUCACCACUACUGCACUCUAAUCAGUGAAUCAUGGAGUCUGUGCCUUCAGUGCAGAUCGAUAAUGGACGAUAUGGCGGUAUGGAAGUGGUCAUCACCAAUGCUAAUGAUGCCCAGUCGAUGCCCAGCCCAGCUGCACCAGGUACCACCAUCAGACAGAACCGCUUCCGCCAGCCAGGAAACCACCAGAACCAGCAGCAGGGCUUCAACAAUACAACUCAUCAUCGGCAGGGCACGUCUGAGAGGAGCAUGUCACCAACGGCGAGUGAUAUCUCCAGUAUCCGCUUUACACCUCGGAAUCCUGGGCAGGAAGGACACCAUCCCCCUACCAGCGCAUCCAGUGACAGACACCAUCUCCUUGACGUGAAGCAGGAAUGGGGCAGCAAUCGUCAAGGACAUAGUGGUGGGCCAGGAUCUCAGGCAGGAAGUGACGUUGCUGACCAGACUCUGAUGCCACCAGGUUCAGCCAUGUCUCAUUACGCCAGCAGCUUCAACUCCCUCUCCCCAUUCCCCAUCGAAAUCUCACCAUCAGGUUCUAGUUUUGCAAGUCCCCGACAUUCUGCGAGGUCGUACUCUGCCUGGGGUUCAAGGAAGCGGGCUCUGUCUCUGUCUCCCCUUUCUGCUGAAGGCAUAGAUCUGAACUCUUUAAUCCGUACUAGUCCGACAUCCCUGGUGGCUUAUAUCAACAGUUCAAGAGGGUCAUCUGCUUCAAUAUCACCGUUCCAGGUUUUUCCGGGAGGCGAUUAUGGUCACUUGUCUGCCCGCAAUAGCAGCAGUCCCAUGUCACAGGUAUCUUCACUUGGGAUCACCCAAGUGUCUGCAGCUGGAUCUGUGAAUGGAGACAAGAUGCCUCCUCCUUAUCAACAGCCAAAGCAGGUGCCACAGCAGUAUGCAGCCACAGACCCACAGAUCGUGACGCAGCAGAUGCAAGCCAUGGAAAGCACAAAUACCAUGACCAAUGGAACAGGGAUGAACAGUCAAUUGAUUGUGCAGCCACAGGAGGAAGCUCUGCAAGAAUUUGCGAACAACUUCCCCCAAUACCAGGUGUACAAACAGGAGCCUAUCGAGCAAGGCUUCAACCAAUCCUCAGGCUUUUCGCAAGGGCAGGAAUAUCCUCAAGGACAGUUCCAACCUAGUGCGGAACAACCUCACCAAGUGCCGCCCCAGCACCCGCACCCACCACAAGCCUUGCCUCAGCAUUCCCCUCACGCACCGCAGAGCCACCCCCAGCAAAGUCCAUCCUUCUCUCAAAACCAACCCUACUCCACUUCUCAGACAUACCAACAGAACCCCACCUUCACCCAGCCUUCCACCUACCCACCCAACAACUAUCCUCCCAUCCAGGGCAACUACAACCCUCCCAUCCCCGGUCAGUAUGCAUCUGCACCAGGACACCUCCCAUCCAUGACCACCCACCCACUCCCGGCCAACAUGCCCCCUCCUCCACCUUACCAUGCCCAGCACUAUGAGUCCAGCGCCAACCACUCGCCCCCCAUCAUCAACACCAACCCCCAUGGUUCCCCCAUCUCCACUUCCACCCCCAAACUCGGCUUGGAGGUGGAGGAGAAGAUAUGCAGGUGGAUCGACUGCAACGCAUUCUUUGAGGAGCAAGAAGAACUUGUCAGGCACAUAGAGAAGGUGCAUAUCGACCAGAGGAAAGGGGAAGAUUUCACUUGCUUCUGGCAGGGAUGCACAAGACGCUUCAAGCCUUUCAACGCUCGCUACAAGCUUCUCAUUCAUAUGCGUGUACAUUCAGGAGAAAAACCAAAUAAAUGCACAUUUGAAGGUUGUAAUAAAGCGUUCUCUCGUCUGGAAAACCUCAAGAUUCAUCUACGUUCUCAUACCGGCGAAAAACCCUACCUCUGUCAGCAUCCGGGAUGCUCCAAAGCCUUCAGCAAUUCCUCAGAUCGUGCCAAGCAUCAGAGAACUCAUUUAGAUACGAAACCUUACGCCUGUCAAAUUCCUGGGUGUACGAAGAGAUAUACCGACCCGAGUUCACUGAGAAAACACGUCAAAGCUCACGCUGCAAAGGAACAACAAGCAAGAAAAAAGCUUCGGACAAGGGAUGAGUACAUCCAUGGUGACAUCCUCGGGGAGUGUUUGACGAUUCAACCGCUUCAUCCUCUAAGCCACGGGGACAGUCCUCUGGAGCUCAGCGACAGUGGUUUAGGGAGAUCACCUCACUCAUCCAUGCAUGGCACUUCUUCAGAUAUGUACCCUGGUAUGUACUCCAGCGGUCAUUCCAGUAGAAGUGGUACUGCAACGGGGGCAUCAAACUAUAGCAAUCAUGCCUCACCUGUGCACAACAUGCAGGGAAGUCCGCACAACUUACCAACGACGCAGUCGUUAGAUACAGCACAAGAAAGGCGAUCGUUUCCUCCUCAGCCUCCGAUGCUUACGACGAGAAGAACGUUCCCCCCUGCCCUCUCCCCUCGGAGGAUACUUCAGGGAUUCAACAACAUUCCCCUUAAACCAAGACCCCCUGCAAUACAUUCCCCAGGUCACAGUUUAUCACCCAAGCAACCUCUCCCCUCCUCCUCUCCUCAUCUGCCUGGAAUUGGGGGACCGCUCUCGCCCUCAGCCACCUCACCCCGCCCAGUCUUCCGGCAGCCUUACCCCCCUACCCAGCGCCCCAACAGCCGCCCCUCCCCAGGCAUCACUCUCCAGACCCUCCAACCAAUCAACCAACGUCAGCUAAGCAUCAAUGCCUUAACAGCUACCAAUAACAACAACAACAAUAAUCACUUAGGCAAUAAGGGCCUGGUCAAGACCAGGGGGCUCACCAUGCUCGACAAUGCCUGCCUCUCUCCGUUUGAUAACCUAGAGAGGGCGUUGUCUGCACAUUCCAUCGCAGAGAAAGGACUUGGUACAGCAGGAGGGGACUUUCACAGCCCUCUGUUGACGGUAGGACCCUCUUCAGACGACAACAACCUCCUCCAAAUGAGUGCCAUCGAUCGAUGUCCCAGUCAGCUGUCGGCAGUCUACGCCGACGGUGCGUCGUGAUCCAGGAGGACGUGCACAAACAUUAAACAAAACAGUGCAUGGAUUUUUAAUAUCAUGUAUUCUAUCUUAUUGCUAAAAGAGCUGUUCCAAUGCUUUUUGAUAUGCAAUGAGAUGACCUAUAGCUGCAAGACCUGUCUGAGGGACUUGGUGGUUCAAGGAUAUGAUGUAUCAUGGGGUAGAGGCUCAUCGCCUUGCUUGUGUCGUAUGGAAGUUUGGUUUGCAAUAGACAAUCCCAUACGGGAUACAAUGGAGAAACUAGCAAGGAAGAUCAUGUUGAAUUCCAUGUUACUCUAUCCAGUUGCUAAAAGAGUUGUUCCAAUGCUUAUUGGUAGGCAAUUAGAUGACCUACAGCUGCAAGUCCUAUCUGAGGGACAUGGUGGUUCAAGGAUUGCCUGUCGCCUUCCUUCCAUUGUAUGGAAGUUCAGUACGUAAGCUGUAGACAAUCGUAUGUGGGAUGUAAUGGAGGACCUCCCAUGGAAGAUCAUGGAGUCAUAGCAUGUACAAGAGAUAUGCAACAUGAUGCUCAGGAGUCAAUAUUGUCCCUCAAAGACGUAUCCCAUGAAGCAAUGCAUAUCUGGUGAUGUCUAUGCUGUUCGAUCAUCGGCUAGAUAUGGUUGCUCUAAAGGCUGACAUAUUGGUAUGGUAAAGAAGCAGAACCGAUUAUCUUGGAAUGGCAGUAGCUAACAUCUUGCUGAGUUGUGAAGGAUAUAUAUAAAAUGGUGAUAUCCGGGUACUGAAGUUAAUUGUCACAUUGAUGUUUGCUGAUGACUAUAUCCAUGGGCGUAAAUACGUAUCAUACUAUUUAUGUGUGGGAAGAGGGGGGUGAUGCAAUACUUCAUCUCCCCCAAAAAUAGGUUCACUUUUUUUAUAAAAAGUUUAGAAUAAAGGAAGGAGUUUACUGAGAGGGAGAGAGGGUAGUCCAGUUCCCUUUCUACAAUCAAAGUGCCUUGUUAAUGUGGUGAGAUUAUGAAUAUAAAUCUGAUAUUCAGGGGUUGAAUUGAAAAGGAGCAAAACAUUCAUUAAAUUGAAUCUAUAGUUAUGUAGUAAACAUUUUUAAUGAAAUUAUCUUGUCCUUUCAAUUUGAAAGUUUUU